AUGGAGCAAAAUAUUCCUCAAGCCAACACCAAAAAUGUUCUAUGGAAACAACGUAGGAAAAGGCAGAAGGGCUUGGUGAAGAGUCUGCUUUUGGACUACGCGAAGAACACGACGCUGCAUGGACUGAGAUAUGUUACCCAGAAAGGACUUAGCAUUGCUGAGAAAUUAUUCUGGCUGCUGACAUUCACGUUGAGUGUAGCUCUAUGCUUCUAUUUAAUAAGCAAUGUUUGGAUGAAAUGGCAAUCGAGUCCAGUUAUAGUCAGUUUUAGUGAGAAGUUUGUACCUGUUGAGAUGGUUCCCUUCCCGUCUGUAACAAUAUGUCCGGACAUCAAAAAUCGAGCGUCCGCAUACAAUUAUUCAGAGGAAAUAUCAAAAUAUAAUAAUAAUUACAUCCAUAACAAUCUGUCUGCUGAUAUCAUGCGAGCAAUGGAAAAGAUACAAGAUAUAGCACUUAUUUGUAACAUACAACAAAUAUAUCCUCGUUUUAAUCUGAACCGAGAUGCGGGUAAUGUUACUAUUAUCAAGAAUUUAUUGGAGGUAUCUCCAUCAGCUUCUAAAUACAUUUUCAACUGUAAUUGGCGUGGUGAUAUUGACUGCAGUGAGAUGUUUUCUACUGUGCUAACUGAACAUGGUGUAUGUUUUAACUUCAAUUCAUUAGCUGCUAAUGAAAUAUUACGUGAGCAAAACAUUCAGAAGGAGUAUAACUACAGUGACGCUUCGACACCAAGUAAAGGUUGGAGUUUGGAUACAGGAUAUUCAAAAGAUCGACUGCCUUAUCCACGUCGGGGAGUGAAUUCAGGGUCCGUUUAUGAUCUGACAGUCAUACUUCAAAUGCCCAAAGAAGAUCCUGAUGAAACUUGUAACGGUGGAAUCAAGGGGUCCAAAAUUUUCGUACAACAUCCAGCUGAUCAUCCACAGUCAUCGCUGUAUUACUACGCGUCAUUACCUGGUCAAGUAUCAUCUGUGGCCUUAAAGUUUAGUAUGAUGAGCACGUCUAAGAGUUUAGAAAAUUACAGCCCUGAAGUACGACAAUGUUAUUUCCAGAAUGAAAGACAUUUACGUUAUUUCAAAAUAUACACAUCAAGAAACUGUAGGCUAGAAUGUCAAGCCAAUUAUACAUUGGAGAAAUGUGGAUGCGUUUGGUUUCAUAUGCCACAUAACGACAGUGCAUCAAUUUGUACAAUAGAGAAAUUGGACUGCGUCGAAGAAACUGUAGAACAAUUCGCCGAUGAAAUAAUUGAAGAUUUUGUUGAAAAUGAACCAGAUCCUUGUUCAUGUCUGCCAACAUGUAACGCUAUAUCUUACGAUGCCGAAAUCCUUAAGACUGACUUCAAUUUCAAUUCAGUUAUUAAACAAGUUGAAAAAAAAUAUGAUCUUAAUCUAUCUGAACUCAUUGAUAAGUAUGAUUAUUCUCAAAUUGAUAUUCACUUUAAAGAGCCAAGAUUUGCGUCGAUGCGUCGAUCGGAGUUGUUCGGACUGACUGAUUUCUUGGCCAACUGCGGUGGCUUGCUUGGACUCUUCCUUGGAUUCUCUGCUCUCAGCCUCAUUGAGAUUAUCUAUUUCUUCACAAUUAGACUUGGAUUUAUAUUGAAGAAAGAUUUGGAUCAAGAGAAAAAUACACUGAACAAAGACAGAGUUGUUGAUGUUAUGGACACUAAUACUGAACGACGUUGA